GUAUCAACGGGGGGGAGACGCAAAGGUCAGCUAAGCGGAGGACCACAAAAAACUUGCCACGGGUGUAGAACUCCGGACAAUAGAGUGACGGGAGGAGAACAACACCCUUGCCAGGGAGGAGGAGAGGCGUGCCAGUACUGGCUGUGCCGGUGUUGCAUGGAGAAGUGGCUGCGAUCGUCUGCACAGCUCUCACACUUCAUGUGCUGCGUACAUUUCGAAAAGGAACCGUGCCCGUGCGGAAAGAGGAAGAAAAAUGCCCGAAAAGGGCCCACCUCCCUUUUGGACCGAUCUACGCAGGCCAGGACUCGAAAUGUGGGCACGAGCGUUUUCGAGCUGCCGUCGACCCAGACAACACCAACGACCGCCGAUUCUACUCCGACACCGGCGCCGACGCCACGAGAGGGCACAACAUACUCAACGUGCACCUCGGUUGGCCAGAACCGGGUAUCGGUUGUCGAAUCUAACGGCCGCUACAUGUGUUCACGGCCCGAGUGCAAAACCAUCGAGACCCUCUCCGCAAAGGCAGCCGCUGGAGGUGACACGGAAUGUGUGCUGCGUAGACACUGCGCCCACGCGGACGUAGUAGUCCAAGCAAAGGCUUCAUCGGUACCGAUGGCAGGAGCAACAGCCCUACUUCCCAGCGCGGAGGAGUUCCUGCGAGCACUGGAUGCUGUCCCCACAGGAACUUUUAACAAGCACACGAUGCAAGCCAUCCGCGCACGCGUUGCUCGGGCGGAGGAGUUGGGCAUUCCGGUGCUUGUGAAACUGGGGGACACAAAGUUCUUUGCCGUGAGGGACGGCCCGAAUUUCAACCGCAAUAUCGUCGGAGGAUGGGCGCACGUAAAGUGCGAGGAGUCGGGCGGGAAAACAACGCUCCGGUGCAAGGUGGGCCAAAGGUUGAGCUUGAUUUUGGGGUUGUGCAACCGCAGUGUCUGUUGA